AUGGCCGCCCUAAGGGACGAAGUGUUAGACGGCUGCGUGUAUCCGGCAUGCACCCCUUACUCGUACCCGUACCCCUACCCGCCGGCCGCCAAAGGCAAGGUCACGGCGGGAGGGAGCGGGUGGCGGCACCGCAACAGGAGCUACCUUCCCGCCUCGUCCUCCUCGGCGGGAGCGGCCUCGGCGUCUUUCCCCGGCUACGGGCAGCUCAUGGCCGCCGAGUACUUCGACAGCUACCAGCGGGCGCAGCUCAUGACCCUCCUGUCCCAGGUGAGCCCCGGCCUCGCCCAGCGGCCCCGCAGGGCUAGCAGCCGCGACGUGGGUGUGCAGGUGAACCCGCGCCGCGACGCCUCGGUGCAGUGCUCGCUGGGGCGGCGCACGCUGCUGCGCAGGCUCACCACCUUCCUGGAGGGGCCCGAGGCUGCCGUGGCGGGAGCGGGCGAACAGAAGACCGCGGCGCUCGAGGGAGAGCAAGGGCGGUCGCCGGGGCUCGAAGGCCAGGAGCAGGGCACGGCGUCGGCGAGAAAGGUGCUCCAGUGGCCGCAGUCCGAGGAGGAAGACGACGAAGCCCAGUCCACGGUGCAGGCGAGCUGGGAGCAGCCUGCAGAUGACACCCUACUGCCGGCGCGGGAGGCCCGGGGAAGCAAAGCGGCCCCGAGGAGCCCGGAGCAGCCUGAGCCGGCGAGAAGGGCCCAGGAUGAAGAGGACGUGGCCGUCGUGGGAGAGAGGUCGUCGCCGCGGAGCCCGGAGCAGCGCAAGGAGCGUCUGCGCUUCCAGUUCUUAGAGCAGAAAUAUGGCUACUAUCACUGCAAGGACUGCAACAUCCGGUGGGAAAGUGCGUAUGUGUGGUGUGUACAGGGCACUAACAAGGUGUACUUCAAGCAAUUUUGCAGAAGUUGUCAAAAGUCUUAUAACCCUUACAGAGUGGAGGAUAUUACCUGUCAAAGUUGUAACCAGACUAGAUGCUCCUGCCCAGUAAAACUUCGGCACGUCGACCCUAAAAGGCCCCAUCGACAAGAUUUGUGUGGGAGGUGCAAAGGCAAACGCCUCUCCUGUGACAGCACUUUCAGCUUCAAAUAUAUCAUUUAA